AUGGCGGACCCCCUGUCAGACUGCAGCCCCCUCAUCAGUGCAGCAGCCUCCUGUAAGCUUCGUCUGGUCCGCCUGCUGGUGGAAGGUGGAGCUCAGGUCAAUGGGUGCAACCCCAGAGGAGAGACCCCUCUCCUGGCUGCCUGUAAGACCCUGAGAGGUGAGCCUGCUGGGCCUGCAACGGUGAAACUCCUCACCUACCUGCUCCAGAACAAGGCGGAUCCAAAUGCACAGGACCGGGCUGGACGCACUGCUCUGAUGUACGCCUGUAUGGAGCGAGCAGGAGCUCAGGUGGCGUCCACCCUGCUAGCAGCAGGAGCCGACCCCAGCAUGGAGGACUACUCCGGAGCCUCAGCACUGGUGUACGCCAUCAAUGCACAACACCAGUCGACACUGAAGGUGUUGGUGGAUGCCUGCCGGGCCAGGGGUCGUGACAUCAUCAUCAUCGCCACGGAGAUGGGUGUGAACGGAGGCCCGGUGACCAGGCAUUACCUGAAUGUUCCUCCAUGUCCCGACACCUCGCCGGUGUCCUGCAUGUCCCCGUCUGACAUCGUCCUCAGGACCGGAUCCCCCAACUCACCUGAGGGAGAAAACAUCUUCAACUUCAGAGGAACUAGCCAAAGUGGAAGCAGCAGCAGCAGCAGCAGCAGCAGCAGACAUCCCUCCUGCGAGCUGAGUCCGCUGAGCCACUGUAGCACUCCACCGCUCCGACAGAGAAUGUUAUCUGAGCCAUGGCUGGCCAUUCACAACCUGGAACACCCUCCCUUCCCUCACGGUGGUUCCUCCUCCGCUUCACCUCCCGCCCUUAGCCGAUCAAUCACACUCCCACCUCCAGGUUCCGACUCAGGUGUCCAGCUCCAAAAGCAGGAGCAUGGUGUUUCUGCCUCACCCGCCCAGCUCCCCUCCACCCUCCUGUUCAUCCAGAGCAUCCGUGAGACCGGCGACAUUCCCUCGGCUGUCGCUCGCCUCCUCUGUGACCUCCCUGGUUGCCGCUCCUGCCUCCUGCUGCAGCGAGAGGGGCAAGAGGUCAACGCGUCGCCACUCGGUGCAGCUUGA